GUAAGUGUGUUACAGAAUAAAUGGAAAACAGAGUUUUAUUUGUUUGACUCAACAAUUAACCACUAACCAUUUUGCAUGUCAAGGUAUGUGGUUGUAGCUGAAUAGCCAUGCUCUCAAAUAUGCAAUUUGGAGGGUUAUUUCAUUUUAGUGCGGAUUGUCGGUUAAUAUAAUUACUUAAUAUCUAUCAGUCAUUCAUUUUAGAGAAGUAAUUUCAUUUUUAUGCCCUUUGAAUAUCCAGGUUCUGGAACAAAGCAUUAGAUUGUUGGUCAGGGAUAAACUUCAUAAUGAUAUAAUGUAAAUUUCUUCAGUGUAAUUCUAUUAUUGACUCUGUAAUCUGUCUCAACCAGAACAAUGAAACACGGUUCAGCUCUGCUGUUGCUGCUCUUCCUGGGGACGUGUUCAGCUUCCACCUAUCAAAAUGUGGCCUUACGUGGCAAAGCAACUCAGUCAUACCGCUACGAGGGAUCGCGGGAUGUUUUUGGGGCUGCUUACAAUGCCAUUGAUGGAAACCGUGAAUCUCAUUUCCCUGCCGGUUCAUGCAGCCACACUAUAGAACAGACCAACCCCUGGUGGAGGGUGGACCUGCUGGAGUCCUACGUGGUCACCUCUGUCAUCAUCACCAACAGGGAAGACUGCUGUGCAGACAGGAUUAAUGGGGCAGAGAUUCACAUCGGCAACUCUUUACAAGACAAUGGUGCUGCAAACCCAGAGGUUGGUGUAAUUCCUAGUAUCCCAGCAGGCAGGUCUUAUACAGUAACUGUUACAAAACACGUGGAGGGACGUUAUGUGGCUGUGGUUUUACCCGGUCAAGAAAGGAUCCUCACACUCUGUGAAGUGGAAGUCUACGGGUACCGUGCCCCAACUGGAGAGAACCUGGCACUCCAAGGAAAAGCCACACAGUCAUCACUGUAUCUAUCUGGCAUAGCAUAUAAUGCUAUAGAUGGGAAUCAUGCCAACAAUUGGGAUGAGGCUUCUUGCUCUCACACAAACUACAACCUCAGUCCCUGGUGGCGUCUGGACCUACAGAAAACCCAUAAAGUGUUUUCUGUUAAGAUAACCAACAGAGAUACACACGCACAACGACUCAAUGGAGCUGAGAUCCGCAUUGGAGAUUCUGCUGCCAACAAUGGCAACAACAAUCCCAGGUGUGCUGUGAUCACACACAUCCCUGAAGGUUCUACCCAAACGUUCCAGUGUAAUGGGAUGGACGGCCGCUAUGUUAACAUAGUCAUUCCUGGAAGAACCGAGUACCUGACCCUGUGUGAGGUGGAGGUGUAUGGCUCUAGACUGGAUUAGAUCUCACGAGGUUCAAAAUGACAAUUUACAUAGCUGUUAUUUAGCUGAUGUUCUUUUAUAGAUUCUGGUUGCAAUCAUAGCUUAAGCUUCACUUAUGACAUUGACAUCAUUAGAGACAACAUAUGAUUAGAUCAUAUUAAAGCUGCAUUAAUAAAGUUUGACCAUUAGGGGGCAGAAUAAUUCCAAAAUAACCUGACAAACAGCCCUGACAACAUCAUUUAACUGGCUAACAUGUUAGCAAACAGUUGCCCGCAGGAUGAAUGUGAAUCCAAUAUUCAGUCUCCUUUUAGCUCUAGUUUGGUGUCCAUGACUCCUGAGAAAAAUAUCUGUUCUAUAGCUACUAGAUACUAUAUGAAGAGCUGAACUUAUCAUACUUCCUCCAGUUCAUGAUAUUAUGUCUGCUGCAAAACAUGAACCUUUUGUACUUGAUUUCACAUAAUUCUUGUUUUUCUGUUUUUAAUGUAUGGGUUUGGCACCUGGACAUUGGUUCUGGCAAUUCCCACCUUUUAAUCUAUUAUCCAAUGUGUUUGAAUUCCUGUUCAACCUUCUACCCAGCAACAAAUGUACAUCUAUCCUAAGUUGACUACAUACAUGUGUUUGCUUUAUGCCUUUGUCCUCUUUGAUUCUGAUGUAGACACAGUAAUGUUGAAACAUUAGUCUGCUUGCAUUAUUAAAGGCUGCAUAUCAA